AGCUGGUGUGUGUGCGGAAACUGCCGGGACAUGCCAACACAGAGGGAAAGAAUUUGUUGUGGCGAGGAAGCUUGUCUUUCUCAUACUGCUGACUUUGACCUCCUUGUAUUGAAUGAGGGGGUUCUGGCCCUUGCACGUUUGAUGAGGCAAGAUAUCCUCGUUUUCUUUGAGGAGGAGAACCUGCGGAGAUCCAACCGCCACCAGGCCUACAGGCAGUUUAUUUGAUGGACCCAUGGAUAUUUGGGGGCUGGUGAUAGAAGGGUUAUUCCCUCAUGCUGUGUUUGGAGGAUCCUGGAAACCUUCCCGGAUCCAUAUGGGCAAUAUACUGGCUUUGUACCAAGUAUGUUGCAGUAG